AACUGUGACAUUGGACGGGUGAAACAACUCGAGGAGCGUAUGAGCCAUGGCGCGAACAAGCAAGUCAGCGCUGGUGCUGUGUAUGGAUGUUGGGUUCUCCAUGAGCAACGCAGCCCCUGGCCAUGAAGCACCGUUUGAGCAAGCCAAGAAAGUCAUACAGAAAUUUGUUCAACGACAGGUGUUUGCAGAAACGAAGGAUGAGCUGGGCCUUGUUCUCUUUGGGUCAGACAACACUAAAAACCCGCUGGCCACUGAUGGCCAGUACCAGAACAUCGCCGUCCAUCGACACCUCAUGAUCCCAGACUUUGAGCUGCUGGAGGAGAUCCAAAAUGACAUACAUCCAGGUUCUCAACAGGCAGAUUGGUUGGAUGCACUUGUGGUGUGUAUGGACCUCCUGCAAAAGGAAACUCUGGGGAAGAAGUGCGACAGGUUAAACAUUGCCCUGCUCACUGACCUAAACACGCAGGUGUGUGCUGAUCAGCUGGACGUCAUCAUCAGCAACCUGAAGAGGGCUGGAAUCACACUACAGUUCUUCCUGCCGUUCCCUGCGGACGCGGAUGAUCCUGGAGAGGGGGGGUCGGAUGGAGACGGAGGUGCCCGGCGGCACCCCCACGGGAAGGGGCUCUCGCGGGAGCAGCAGAAGGGGCUGGAAAUGGUGCAGCAGAUCAUGCACUCCGUGGACGAGGAGAGCGGCAUGGAGGAGGUGCAUGCCUUCAGUGAUGCCAUUGAGAAGCUGUCCAUCUUCAAGCACAUUGAGAGGAGACCCAUGGCCUGGCCAUGCAUACUCACCAUAGGCACCUCCCUGUCCAUCCGCAUCGUGGGCUACAAGGCUGUCACAGAGGAAAAGGUAAAAAAGACGUGGUCCGUGGUGGACGCCCAGUCCAACAGGCGAGACGACGUUAAGAGGGACACUGUCUACUGUCUCCAUGACGACAACGAGACAGAGGUGCAGAGGGAGGAUACCAUCCAGGGUUUCCGAUAUGGGAGCGACAUUGUUCCUUUCUCCAAGGUGGACCAGGAACAGAUGAAGUACAAGUCGGAUGGAAAGUCCUUCUCUGUUCUCGGCUUCACCAAACAGAGCCUGAUUAAUCGCCAUCAUUUCAUGGGCAGUCAGGCCAUCAAGGUCUUCGCGGCCAGGGAUGAUGAGCAUGCUGCUGUCGCCCUGUCGGCCCUGAUCCGCGCGCUGGACAGCACGGACAUGGUGGCCAUCGUCAGGUACGCCUACGAUCGCCGUAGCAACCCCCAGGUGGGCGCUGCCUUCCCCUGCGUCAAGGAGAAGUACGAGUGCCUGAUCUACGUCCAGUUGCCCUACAUGGAGGAUCUGAGGCAGUUCGCCUUCGCCUCGCUGGAGAACAACAAGAAGUUUUCACCCACGGAGGAUCAGCUGUCAGCGGUGGACUCCCUCAUUGACUCCAUGAUGCUGGUGGAGGAGAAGGAGGACAGAGAGAAGGAGGACCUGUUUAAAGUCAACCACAUUCCCAACCCACAGUUCCAGAGACUCUUCCAGUGUUUGCACGAGCGGGCGGUGCACCCGGGCGCCCCGCUGCCCCCCAUGGAGCCGUGGCUGAAGCGAGUCCUGGAGAAACCCCAGGCUCUGGAGGCCCGCUGCCAUGCCCCGCUGGAGGAGGUGAAGAAGAAGUUCCCUCUGAAGGUGGUGGUGCGCAAGAAGGAGCAGAAGACCAGUGCAGACGUGUUCGGGAACGGGAAAGAGGAGCCAGAUGCUAAGAAGGCCAAAGGGGACGAGGAGGAAGACUACAAUCUGGCCGAGAUUUCAGAGGGCAACAUCACAUCUGUGGGAAGUGUGGAUCCGGUGAAAGACUUCCGUGCACUUAUUCGACACAAGACACUUCCCUUCGGCGAGGUCUGCCAGCAGCUGACCCUCAGAAUAGAGCAGUUGCUGGGCAACAAGAGCACACCCUACUACAUGAAGGCCAUCACCUGCAUCCUGGCCUUCAGGGAUCAGUCCGUCAAGGCUGCGACGGCUGAACUCUUCAACAGCUACAUGCAGUCCCUGAAGAGAAGUAUUCCAGACAGAAGCCUCCAGGAAUUCUGGGAUUUAGUCUCCUCAGAUGGCCUGACUUUGAUCAGCAAAGAUGAAGUGGAGGGAAGCUCUGUGUCCAAGCAGGAGGCCAAUCAGUUCCUCCUGUUGGAGGAGAAGAUGGAGGAGGUGGAGACUCCAGCGGUGGUUGACACAGGAGACGUAGAUGAUCUGCUGGACAUGAUGUGAGAACAGAGACGUCUGGACUUCUGGCCGGAGCACUGGAGACUUUAGUCUGCACACCCACAGUUAUAACCGAGUCAGCCGUGCCUUCUUCAGCAAGACUGUUGCUCAUUCAAUGAUGUACUGUUUGUUUGAAGGCAACUUACAUGUAGAGCUGCUCUUGUUGAUUUGCGUGUCUGGAUUCUCAUCUAGCUGUCUAAACUGAGAAGAUGUGUAGUCCUUUUUUUAUGUGGGUCUGUCAGCUUAUGAUGAUGUAAUAAAACUGACCGGACAUGG